AUGACUUUGCAAAAUAUUUUUUUGCUAUCAAAUCGCUCAGCUUUAAACUUAAAAGAAGCCAUUAAAUUACUUAAAAAACCAAAUUUAAAUAAUGAUGACGUAGUACAGUGUUAUAACUUGGAGCCAAAAUCAGGUUUGUGGUAUAUGUGUGGGUACAAUCAAAGUUCUGCUGACAGCAUUGAAUGGCAAUCAACAGGCACUCGUUCAUUGCCUAAUGAAAAAAAUCCCACCGUACUAGUCGAAUACUUUUCAUCCGAAAAAGUGAAUAAAAGUGUAUUUAGAUUGACGAAAAAAAACGAAUAUGACGCUGCCUUGGUUAACUAUUCAGAUGUGAACCCUACAUUUGAGAAAUUAAAAAGAACCCGUAUUUCUAAAAAAACAUCUAUCAAAAAUAUUAUGAAAAGCCGUAUCAGACUAAUAAAAAAAUAUAGUAACUCUGUUUCUAUUGUUUCUGAUGAACUAAUUGGACACGAACCUGCAGAAAAACAUGUCAGCAACAAUUUUGGACCAUAUUUAGGAUAUGAUAGUUCCCUUCCAGGAGGUUCUACCUUUGUACAGUCUACAGUCCAUAUAGUAGAAUCUGCUCCGAGUGCUCCGAUUUUAUCACAAUUUAAGGGUACUAUAAUAUUUAUCUAGAUAAGCCAAUUUUUUAUCUAAGAUGAACAUUAGACAAAUCGCAACAUAAUUAUCUAGAUACUCUAAAAGAUAAUUUUUUCAAAAAAUCUUAUCUAGAUAAUUCCCAACACUGCCUACAAGACAUCUGGACCAUCCCAGUGCUUCAUAUGCCA